AUGUCAGCUGCCUGGGUGUUUAACUGCUUGAUGGGGGGGAAAACAGUAGUUUACAUAAAGGUCAUAAACAAUCUUUUUCUGCCAUGGAAGGAGCUGAAAUAUGAUGUUGGUGGAGGAGAACGGUUUGACUCUUUGACAGAUCUUGUGGAGCAUUACAAGAAGAAUCCUAUGGUAGAGACAUUGGGUACAGUCUUGCAGCUCAAGCAGCCUCUCAACACGACUCGUAUCAAUGCUGCUGAAAUAGAAAGCCGGGUUCGAGAACUAAGUAAAUUAGCUGAGACCACAGAUAAAGUCAAACAAGGCUUUUGGGAAGAAUUUGAGACACUACAGCAACAGGAAUGCAAACUUCUCUACAGCCGAAAAGAGGGCCAGAGGCAAGAAAAUAAGAACAAAAAUAGAUAUAAAAACAUCCUGCCCUUUGAUCACACCAGGGUUGUCCUCCAUGACGGUGACCCCAACGAGCCAGUGUCAGACUACAUCAAUGCGAACAUCAUCAUGCCUGAAUUUGAAACCAAGUGCAACAACUCAAAGCCCAAAAAGAGUUACAUUGCCACCCAGGGCUGCCUGCAGAACACGGUAAAUGACUUCUGGCGGAUGGUGUUUCAGGAGAACUCCAGAGUGAUUGUCAUGACAACGAAAGAAGUGGAACGAGGAAAGAGUAAAUGUGUCAAAUACUGGCCUGACGAAUAUGCUCUGAAAGAAUACGGAGUCAUGCGUGUUAGGAAUGUCAAAGAGAGCGCCGCUCACGACUAUACGUUACGAGAACUCAAGCUCUCGAAGGUUGGACAAGGGAAUACGGAGAGAACCGUCUGGCAGUACCACUUUCGGACCUGGCCGGACCAUGGAGUGCCCAGUGACCCCGGGGGUGUGCUGGACUUCCUGGAAGAGGUCCACCAUAAACAGGAGGGCAUCAUGGAUGCGGGACCUGUGGUGGUUCACUGCAGUGCUGGAAUUGGCCGGACAGGCACAUUCAUUGUGAUCGAUAUCCUUAUCGACAUCAUCAGAGAGAAAGGUGUGGACUGUGACAUUGACGUUCCCAAGACCAUUCAGAUGGUGCGGUCUCAGAGGUCAGGGAUGGUCCAGACAGAAGCACAGUACAGGUUCAUCUACAUGGCUGUCCAGCAUUAUAUUGAAACACUACAGCGCAGGAUUGAAGAAGAGCAGAAAAGCAAGAGGAAAGGUCAUGAAUACACAAAUAUUAAGUAUUCCCUAACGGACCAGGCAAGCGGAGACCAGAGUCCCCUCCCACCUUGUACCCCGACGCCAUCUUGUACAGAAAUGAGAGAAGAUAAUGCUCGAGUCUAUGAAAAUGUGGGUCUGAUGCAACAGCAGAAAAGUUUCAGAUGAGAAGAUCUGCCAAGAUUUCGGCACAGAAAUAGAUGUGGGCUUUCACCCUCUCCCGAAAAGACCAAGAGUGAAUGCAAGAAGGUUUAUGUGAAGAAUGAAUUUGGAAGACUUCCCAUUGUGGCCAGCUACCUUUUUGAUAACAUUUGAAACCAUUUAAAGACCACUGUAUUCUAACUCAGCAGUACCUGAUUUCCAAUUACUUGUUUUCCUCAGAUCAGAAAAUCAUCUCUACAAUGUAGACAAUGUUAUAUUUUAUAGAAUUUUGUUUUAAAUUGAGGAAGUAGUCAGAUUUGUGCUCUUUCUAUUUGCAGAUGAUAGUGAUUCCUAUUCUAGUUACUGGCAUUGUUUCCUUCUUUGGACUUUCACAGUUUCUUUCCCUCUCUUUGUGGGGAAUGAUAGGGCAGUUGUAUGAGGUAAAAUGAUUUGAGAAUAUUAAGUAACAACGUCUUGUAAAAGAGAGAACAAUUACAUUUAUCACCACUUAUCCAGAAGUGAGUCGUUCAUUUUGAUGGCCUCUUUUUUCUUUUUGGCCAAAUGAUAGUUGAGCAAGCGCCCCAGUGUGUCAGAAGCUGACUACCUUUGCAUUGCCAUUGAAAGGUGAAGGGGGGGGGCAUCAAGGGAACAUGAAUUGGAGGAUGAAAGGCAUGUUUCCUUCUUCACUGGUGACCCUUCAGCUUGUUGACUGAGAAGGCUGUGGUGGGAAAAACAUCUGUCAGAUUUUCUUCUCACUUGAGUAGUUGAACACCAGUACUUUUGCUUAUCAGUUAUUGCUGACAAACCGCCCCCAAACUUAGUGACUUACAACAGCAAUUCUUUGUUUUCCUCACUGUUGGGCUCUGCUGAGUUGUUCCUCUGCUGUCCUGCUAGUGUCACCUGUGUGUGUGGGGUAGGGGGAGGGGCAAGUUGGCUGAGAACCUGAAAGGCUGUCACUCUCACUCCUCUCACUCCUCUCCUCUCACUCCCCCCCUCCCUUUCCCUCUCUCUUGUCCUUAGGCCCCACCAGCAGGGUAGCUAAAUCUCUAACCAGAAGCCACAGAAGUGAGCCUCCAUCAGACUUAGACCUGGAGCUCUCAUGGCAUUGCCUCUGUUGCUCCUCUACUCUUGUGACUGACACAGGGCUCAGACACAGUCCAGCUUCAGCAGGGCACAAAGGGCCUCAGGUGGAAGUGAAGUUCAUUGGGGCUCUAGUGGAACAGCCUGUCAGACCAGUGCCAGGGAAGAACAAGGAUUGUUGGCAAAAGCUGGCAAUGACCUCGGGAGGCUGGAACUGCUAUGAUAACUAGGGGAAGCUGGAAGUCAGACCCAGGCGGCUUUGAAGAAACUUCCAGAACACACUCCGCCAGCUCUAAGCCUCUCUGUGGACCUGUCACUUGGGGAAAUGCAUGUAUGAAGUGGGGUAGAGCAUUUGGAAGCAGAGUGGCCCCAUCAACGGGGCCCUUGGUGGUCUUCAGGCCCCCAUUGCUGGGCAUACUUGACACUGGUAGAGAGGGCCUCCGUGCUAACCUGGCCACUCCUCAGACUGAACCAGUAGUGGCUCAUUUUGUUAACCUGCAGUUAAGAUACUCUUAACGUUUUACCUUAAGUGCCUUCUCUAAAGACAUCCCUCUGUCGUCAGUGUGUUGAAUAUUCAUUAGUGAGUACAUGUCAAUGAAAGCCAUCCUUGCUUGACUCUGUUAAGAUUCUGAAAUGUCCUGACUGCUUUGACAAAAAGUCGCGGUCUCCCCACUGGAAUUCUUCUUGCUUUGGCUCCCAGAAGGGAGGGCUAGACCCAGACCUAUAAACAGUCCCUUCCCCAGGUCUCUGCACCCUGGAGACCCCUGAGGGAGAGCCACAGCUGCCAGGUUUAGAUGAAGUGUCUCUUGACUCCCUUACUCAUCCACCGAACUCUGGUUUGCAUCCGAGUACAGGCAUGGUCUGGAGGUGAUUCCCUUUUAAGAGGAAUGUAAAUAAAUGACUGCUGUCUUCUUGUCCAGCCCCAAAGAGAUUCAGUUGAGUAUUUGCAACAAGGAUCUUGAAUCCUGUGCUUUGCUUUCUUGCUUCUCUCUUUUUUCUAAUUACACAAUCACCUUGAAUGGUUGUUCCUUUGCAUAGAUGUUGUGGUCAUGUUUCGACUGUGAACUUUGGGGGCAGAAUCUUUCACCAGCAUACAAGGGUCUGAUUGUACAAAUGCAGCCGCUGCAUUAAUGUCCCUGCCUCUAGCUAACGGAUCAGCUGUUUUUGCAUGUGGGACAGAGACACCUGAUCUGGGCUCCCAUAUUUUGUUGCGGAACAUUGAUUUGAUGGAAAUUUUUGUCCCCCUCCUCGAAGUCAACAGACUUCUCAUGUUAUGCAAACUUAUGCCAAGAUGAGAUUGUAAUGGUCCUCAGGUUGCUACAGUUCUGAUGUGCUUAAUAAAAGGUGAUUGCAGGUGCUCAGAUGGGAUUACUUUACACCGGGUGGAAUCAGGCUGAGGGGGUGUGAGGAUGGGUGAGCGUAAGUGUGUCUUAAAAAAAAGUGGAAGUGAAAGUUCAAAGAGGUGAUUGGUGAGGGAGUCUGAGGAGCCAGGGCCAACACAGUUGGCCACUGCUGAGUCAGGUUACCUGGAAAACUGGCACAUUAGAAACCCAACUGCAGCCUGCUUCUGGAUUGCAGGCACACACUGCAUGUGCACAAUGUCUCCUAGCUGGUGAACUUUUCAAAAUUAAAAGCAUGGAAUAUAUUUAUAUUUGGGGUGGAGAAAUUACUUGGUAUAUGCUAUUAGGUUCUCCCUCCCUCCCCUUUAAGUCUUAAUAGCUUUUUAAAUAAAUGAGCCACAUGCUACACGCCACACCUGAUACCCAGUGUGUGACCCUCCUGGAAGCUAUGGUCAUUUCUCCCAGUGAGAAUCAAUGCCUUUUCAGAUGUGGUAGAAUGGGGUUGGGGGGGGGGGGGGGGAGAAAGAAAGCUUUUUUCCUGACUUUCUUGCUAUCUCUGCAUUCCCUGUAGAACCCAGUGGCUUUGGAACAGCCAAGAAAAAUGUCAAAUCAUUGAGAUGAUCUUUUUAAGACUUACUUUAUGGGUGAUUAAAAAAAGAUAAGAGUGUCCUGGGUUACUUCUAGUUCAGAGGAAUGUGGGAAGGUAUGUAAUGGUGAAAUGUCUUGUAGAUUCUUAUCCUGUAAGGGAAACUUUGUACACAAGCCCAUGUAGGCUUUGUUUCAUUCUGUAUGUCAUCUGGAGGGAAUAAAGUUUUAUCUAGCAAGCACAUGGUCUCCCCAAUUUCAAGAUAGCUUUUUUAAGGAUGUGUACCCAUCCUUGAUUUUAUUGACAUCUUUCUUCCAUCUUCCUCUUAAAAAAUAAGUUCCACAAUAUAGCUUACUGUAUUUUUCAUCAUAAAAAAUUUGUUUCUUUUAAUUCUUUUUUUCCCCUCCCAGUUUGGGCAGUUCACACAAGGCAAAAAUAUUGAAACAGUUGGUUUUAGUGUGUUGUAUAACUUUGCUAUCUUAUCAAACUAAUUUUUGCAAGUAUUCAUCCUAAACCUCAAAUCAUGUAAUUAAUAAUUUGCCUGUUUAUUUAUGACCUAAUUGUGUUUCUUUUAUUAAUAAAAGCUAAUGGAAAAGGAUCCUUUAUUAAGCUGAUGACUAGACCUACAUUUAAUUUUCCUGCAGUAUAUGAAGUAUCGUACCAGAGUAUUAAAAGAUAUGUAAUAUUUUAUUGAUAAAUCUAUCCUUUAAAAGGAAUACAUUUUAGGAUGUCAUCAUUUUGAUGUGAAUCAUGUAAAUGUUGAUAAUUUGCAGUGUUUAUUAUACAUUUAGUGUUUCAAGAGAUUCACUUAAUUGCCUUUUUGCCCACGUAUAUUAUGUAGUCUAUUUACAAUUGUUUUUUAAAAAUGACAGUAGUAGAAUAGUUUGUGUAGAGAAUCUCUAGUGGAUGUUAAUGGUCUCCCCACCUAUAUUUAUGGGUGUUAGUUUCAACCGCUUUGCUAGUUGCAAAGCCGUAUUAUCAGAGUAAAAGUGUAUUUGUAAACUGUAUGGGAACUAAAAAUUAGGAAUAAAUGCAUUUUCUUAUA